AUGGUAUCAUUUAAAAUGUUUCUUUUAACCUUGGCCCUGUACCUGCUCCAGGGGGCAGGGGCAUCCCUCAUUAAGCUGAAUAACAAUGGCUAUGAAGAUGUGGUCAUUGCAAUUGACCCAGAUGUGCAAGAGGAUGAAAACCUGAUUCAGCAAAUAAAGGACAUGGUGUCAGAGGCUUCAAUUUACCUGUAUGGGGCCACAGAAAAAAGAUUUUACUUCAAAGGAGUCUCCAUCUUGAUUCCUGACACAUGGCAGGCAAAAACAGACUAUAAGAAACCAAAACUUGAGACCUACAAAAAUGCAGACAUCGUCAUUGAAGUCCCUAAUCCCGCAGGCAAUGAUGUUCCACGAACUGACCAGUUGGGACUGUGUGGAGAGAAGGGAGAGAGAAUUCAUUUAACUCCAGACAUCGUAUUGGGGAAAAAGUUGAAUGAGUAUGGGCCACCAGGUAAAAUCUUAGUUCAUGAGUGGGCCCAUUUACGGUGGGGAGUGUUUGAGGAAUACAAUGAAGAAGAGCAUUUCUACCAGUCUAAUGGAAAAAAUGUACCAGUGAAAUGUUCUGAAGCUCUCACUGGCACACAUAAGGUAAAUGUAUGUUCCGGAGGCAGCUGUUCAAUCAGAACGUGCAGAACAGAUCCCAAAACAGGAAAGCUUAACAAAGACUGUUUAUUUAUACCUGACAAAAUUCAGACGGAGAAAGCUUCCAUCAUGUUCAUGCAAAGUAUUGAUUCUGUGGUGGAAUUUUGUACAGAAAAGAACCAUAACAAAGAUGCUCCAAAUGCUCAAAACCGGAUGUGCAACCUCAGGAGCACAUGGGAAGUGAUCCAAGACUCAGACGACUACAAGGCAUCCACUCCUAUGACAGAUGCACAGCCACCCAAGCCCAGCUUCUCACUGAAGCAGAUUAGAGAAAGGAUCCUCUGCUUAGUUCUGGAUAAGUCUGGAAGCAUGGGGAGUGAUGACCGCCUAAAUCGACUCAAGCAAGCCGCCACACUGUUCCUGCUUCAGAUCAUUGAAAAGGGAUCCUGGGUUGGGAUGGUCACAUUUGACGAUACAGCCUCUGUUCAAAGUGAACUGGUACAGAUUGUAACUGAUGCUGAGAGGAACGCCCUCAUUACAAAGUUACCUUCUGUUGCUUCAGGAGGAACAUCCAUCUGCUCCGGCCUCAGAUCAGGAUUUACGGUAAUCAAAAAGAAAUUCUCAACGGAUGGUUCAGAAUUUGUCCUUCUGACUGAUGGGGAAGACAGCACAAUCAGCAUGUGCCUUAAUGAAGUGAACCAAAGUGGGGCCAUUAUUCACACUGUUGCUCUGGGACCUUCUGCAGACCCAGCCCUGGAGGAGCUGUCAAACAUGACAGGAGGUGUGCAGACAACUUCUACAGACAACGCCCAGAGCAAUGGACUCAUCGAUGCAUUCAGUGCCCUCUCAUCAGGAAAUGGAGCUAUCACUCAACGGUCCAUCCAGCUUGAGAGUAAGGGAGCCACUCUGAAGGACGGGGAAUGGAUGAAUGGUACCGUUGUUGUUGACAACACAGUAGGCAAUGACACUCUAUUUCUCAUCACAUGGACAACACGACAACCCCAAAUGUUUGUCUCAGAUCCUGAUGGGAAAGUGUAUAAUACUUUUUCAUUGGAUGCAAACUCCAAAAUGGCAUACCUCCAAAUACCAAACACUGCCAAGGCUGGAAUUUGGACCUACAGCCUGAAGUCAAGUGCACAAACCCUGACUCUAACAGUAACGUCUCGUGCUGCAGAUGCUACUGUGCUCCCCAUUACAGUGGACUCCAAAAUGAACAAAGACACCAGCAACUUCCCUAAUCCACUGGUUGCUUAUGCAGAAGUUCGCCAAGGAUCCCUGCCUAUCAUAGGAGCCAAUGUAACAGCCCUCAUUGAAUCAGCUGAUGGAAAAACAGAGACUCUGGAACUCCUGGAUAAUGGUGCAGGUGCUGAUACUUACAAGAAUGAUGGCGUCUACUCGAGGUAUUUCACAGGCUACACAAUAAAUGGUCGAUACAGCUUAAAGGUGAGAGUCCUGGGAGGAUCAAACACCCAAAGGUCAAGACCUCGAGUGCAUGGAGCUUUAUACAUACCAGGCUGGGUAGAGAAUGGUGAAAUCAAAAUGAAUCCACCAAAACCUGACAUUAGUGAAGAUGAAAUUCAAGCAAGUAUGCAAAGUUUCAGCAGAACAGCCUCAGGUGGUUCAUUUAUGGUAUCAAAUGUUCCAAGUGGCUCUAUACCUGAUGUGUUCCCACCAAGUCAAAUUAUUGACCUGGAAGCUAAUGUUGAAGAUGAUCAGGUUAAUCUGACAUGGACAGCCCCUGGUGAUAACUAUGAUGAGGGACAAGCUCAACAGUAUAUUAUAAGAAUGAGUAAAGACAUCCUCCAACUAAGAGAAAACUUCGACACUGCUCUUCAGUUGAACACUACUGACCUCAUUCCAAAUCAGGCCAACUCCCAGGAAUUCUUCAGGUUCAAACUAGAAGAUUCUAUAAUGGAAAAUGGCACCACCAUCUUUCUUGCUAUUAAGGCUAUUGAUAAAGCCAACUUGACUUCACUUAUAUCGAACAUAGCUCAAGCAUCUCUGUUCACAGCUUCUCCAGACAACUCUUCUCCAGACGACUCUUCUUCCAGUCCUGCUGGUGUUAGCAUUUCAACAAUAGUGCUGUCAGUGGUUGGUGCAGUUGCAGUUGUUGCUAUCAUUGUAAGUGUCACAGUGUGUGUUCUGAACAAGAAAAAAAGGUACCACGCCUGA